AACAUAAGAUGAGCAUGAAAGAGAAGAGAAGACAUCGGUGGAACUCCUAGAGGAUUUGUAUAAAGAAAUGGUGUGACGAAGAGAAUGAUGAAAAGAAGAGAUGUAAACAUCAAGGGGGGAUGAUCAGGAAUGGGGAUAAAAGAGCCGGAUGUCAUUAUUUCACAAGAACUUUCCAAGAAGAUUUCUGUGCCAUCCAAAACACACUUCUGAAGCUUCCGGAGUUUCUGUUGGCUACAAUCUGAUAUCAAGACUAGGCUGGGAUUACCGCAGAUAGUGAGCUGGAGAUCACACAAACUGCUGUUUUAGGCACCUGUCAGGUGUUGAUGAGAAGGAUGAAGGGUAUCACACUGUUUUGGGUGCUGUUUUCAAGUUGGACCAUCCAAACACAAGCUCAGAUGAGGAUACCGCCUGAAACGGUUCAACAGUGGGCCACUGCCUUUGGAAAACAGAUCCAGGCCUUAUCAAACAGAUACUCAGGUGCCCAACUCUUACAAAAGAAAUAUAAAGAUGUGGAGCCCAUUAUUAAGAUGGUGGAAGUGGAUGGUAAAAAGAUGGUGAAGGAAUUUGCAGAAGAAAUGGAGAACAUGCUGGGCAGGAAGAUGAAGUCGGUCAAGAGAAUGGCAGAGAUAGCAGAGGAUGCAGACUUAUAUCAUGAAUAUAAUGCCACAUUAGAGUUUGACUACUACAACUCCAUGAUGAUUAACAAAGUAAACGAGGAUGGGAACAAUGUGGAGCUGGGGGGUGAAUUUCCUCUGGAGGAGAAUGAACACUUCAACAAACUGCCUGUCAAUACUCAGCAAAGUGUCAUACAAGUGCCCACCAAUGUCUAUAACAAAGAUCCUGAUAUCCUGAAUGGAGUCUUUAUGUCAGAAGCACUGAAUGAGGUAUUUAUCAGUAACUUUGAGAAGGACCCGACUCUAACCUGGCAAUACUUCGGCAGUUCAACUGGAUUUUUCAGACUUUACCCAGGUAUCCAGUGGACACCUGAUGAAAAUGGAGUUGUCACUUUUGAUGGCAGGAAUCGCAACUGGUACAUCCAGGCAGCCACGUCCCCCAAAGACAUCAUCAUCGCUGUGGACAUCAGCGGCAGCAUGAAGGGUCUGAGGCUCACUAUUGCAAAACACACCAUCAACACCAUUCUAGACACACUCGGCGAAAACGACUUUGUCAACGUCAUUGCGUACAGUGAUUAUGUCCGGUAUGUAGAGCCCUGUUUUAAAGGCACGCUGGUACAGGCCGACCUGGAUAACCGUGAGCACUUCAAACUUUUGGUGGAGAAAUUGCAGGUAAAAGGUGAAGGAAAGGUGAAGAAAGCCAUGAAAGAGUCCUUUAAGAUUCUGAACGAGGCAGCAGCAGAAGGCAGGGGUAGUUUAUGUAACCAGGCAAUAAUGCUGAUUACUGAUGGAGCUAUGGAGGAUUUCCAGAAGGUGUUUGAGGAGUUCAACUGGCCAGACCGCAAGGUGCGCGUGUUCUCAUAUCUAAUUGGACGAGAGCUAACAUUUGCUGACAAUGUCAAAUGGAUUGCCUGCAACAAUAAAGGUUACUACACCCAUAUCUCUACUCUGGCGGAUGUGCAGGAGAAUGUAAUGGAAUAUCUUCAUGUGCUGAGCAGGCCAAUGGUCAUCAACCAUGAUCAUGACAUCAUCUGGACAGAGGCUUACAUGGACAGUGUGCUACCCAACACAGCUGAGCUUUUUAACACACAGGCUGAGAGUUUGCUGUUGAUGACCUCUGUGGCCAUGCCUGUGUUCAGCAAGAAAGAAGAAACACUGUCUCAUGGCAUCCUCCUUGGUGUGGUUGGUACUGAUGUCCCUUUAAAAGAGCUCAUGAGAUUGGCUCCUCGAUACAAGCUGGGAGUUCACGGCUAUGCAUUCUUAAAUACUAAUAAUGGUUAUAUACUCUCUCAUCCCGACCUUCGACCUCUGUAUAAAGACGGUAAGAAGCUGAGGCCAAAGCCUAACUAUAACAGUGUGGAUCUGGCAGAGGUGGAGUGGGAAGAUACAGAAUACGCAUUGAGAACGGCAAUGGUAAGAGGGGAAAGUGGGACAAUCUCUCUGGAUGUCAGAGCAACAGUAGAUAAAGGAAAGCGAGUUGUCUUCCUGAAAAAUGAAUAUUAUUACACCAUCAUCAACGAAACUCCAUUCAGUCUUGGAAUUGUACUUACCAGUGGUCACGGGAAGAAUUUUUUCAUCGGAAAUGUUUCUGUUGAAGAGGGCCUACAUGACCUGACAGCAUCUGAUGUCACUAUUGCUAAUGAAUGGACAUACUGCGAGACAGACAUCGAUCCACACCACCGUAAAUAUACACAGUUUCAGGCUGUGGUUCGAUAUCUGUUAGGGAAAGAACCAGACCUGGAGUGUGAUGAAAGACUCCUGCAGCAGACUCUGUUUGACGCAGUCAUCACAGCUCCCAUGGAAGCCUACUGGACUGCACUGCUGCUCAACGCCUCCGGUAUUGAUGCGGGUGUGGAGACGGCAUUCCUGGGCACACGCUCCGGCCUCAUGAGGAUGACCAGAUAUGUUGGCGAAGAGAAACGUGUGGGGAAAAAAUUCUUAACUCCAUCUGAUAAGGAGAAUAUUUUUACUCUGGACCAUUUCCCUGUUUGGUAUCGGCGUGCAGCAGAGAAUCCAGCUGGAAGCUUUUUGUACUACGUUCCUAUAGAGGACAACACAGGAGUGGAUGGAAGGGUUGUGAUUGCCGUCACGUCUGUUACAGUCACUGUAAAGAAAAAGACAGCAAUUGCUGGAGCCAUAGGUGUACAGGUGUCUCUUGAGAUGUUGGAAAAAAGGCUUUGGUCCAUAGCCACUCAGGCGAAUGACACAGAUUGUUCUGGUGUAGAGGGGCUUUGUCCUCUAAGCUGUACUGAUAAUCCGGACAUUAACUGCUACGUCAUUGACAGUAAUGGCUUCAUCAUCAUCUCGAAGGACAAGACUGAUGUUGGCAGGUUUCUGGGGGAAAUCGAUGGGUCGGUAAUGUCACAGCUCUUGAGAAUGGGCAUGUUUAAAAGAGUGUUACUGUAUGACUAUCAGGGCAUGUGUAAGGCGAAUACUCACUCUGCUAGCGGCGCUCGACCCCUGCUAAGUCCCUUUCAUAAUCUCAUGGCAGCCCUGAAAUGGUUCCUAUCGAACUUCUUGCUGUUUUUACUGGACUUCAACAUCUACGGUCUAUGGCAUUCCGAUCACUUUGUGGAGGCCAAGACCUUAUUCCAUUCAUCUGGUAAGAAGUCAAAGGGGGGCCUUCUGCAGCCAUGUGACACUGAGUAUCCCAGCUUCGUCUACGAGCCGUCAAUCAAAGAAACCAACAGCCUGAUCAAGUGUGGGAGAUGUCAAAAGGUGUUUGUAAUUAAUCAGAUUCCAGACAGUAACUUGCUGUUGGUGGUGAUUCAGGCUGAUUGUGACUGUUCUCGGCAGUACGCACCCAUCACCAUGGAGCCCAAAGAGGUCAAAUACAAUGCCUCAGUCAAAUGUGACCGCAUGAGAUCUCAGAAGAUACGAAGAAGGCCUGAGUCUUGUCAUGCUUACCACCCUCAAGAAAAUGCCAAGGACUGCGGAGGGGCUGUGGCAAUCAGCCUAUCCGUCAUGCUGUUUCUAGCCUGUUUAUCAGUGUCUGCACUCAUCCGUCGAUGACAGAGGGUCUGUUAAAUGCUCAAGAGAGUCACCGACACUCAACACAGCAUGUUUUAAUUAGCAAUAAUAUGAGUUUAAACUAGAACACAGUGAAAAGUCUUUAAUAUCAAGUGUACUGUCUGUAGCUUUACUCAAGUUUGUGGAUUUUUAUGUCUUUGUCUUGACACCGAAACAUCUGCUAAAACUUCUUUGAAAAAUCAGAGGAUGGACCAAAGAGACCCACACAAGCUAAGCUUCAUUGAACUAUGACAUUAAAGAAGGGAAUUUAUGGCCAGUAGCUGACUGUAAGUGACAGGGGAAAGCAGGGGAAAGCGCACAUAUGUGUAUGUGUGUGUCUGUGUUUGGGGGAGAGAAACAGGAAUAUUUAACAUUGCUUUUCACAGCUGUCUUUGUCACCAGAGGACUUAUAAGAUAUAUGAAAAUGUCUCUCAGAGGAUGUUUCAGGAAUAUGUGUUGUGUUUAAACCUUUGUUUUUUGGUUGUCUGCAACUUGCACAAUGUGUCAAUUAUAAUAACUAUGCAUUAUUGAAGGUACAAUAUGUAACUUUUUUUUAAAUCAAAAUAUCCAAAACCACUUGCAAAGUGUUAUGUAUUUCUCUCAAUUAUGUACUUACAUUAUCCUAAAUUUUUUCAACAAUUUGUAAAUUCAGAGAUAUUAAAAAUUGUAAAUAGUGCCUGUCCCUUGCCUGUCCUUAUCCCUGGUUUUUACUUGUACUGCCAUAGUAACCAUGGUGACAGAUGUGGACAACUGUAACAUUUUCAAUAAUAUUUUGCAAUAAUACUGUUUGUUCUGUAUUUUUCACCAAAUAAAUGCAGCCUUGGUAAGC